UAGCUCUCCUACUUCGGAGAUCAAAGAGUCACGCAUUUCAACUCAGGAGGACAAAAGGCCGAUUCAUCCGAAGCCAAUUGCUUCCAAAUUCACAAGAUUGUGAGAGAUUGGGCAAAUUCGCCAACAUUUCUGUUGUCAAUACUGAGCUUCCUGCCUAGCUUUGUCAGUCGAAAAGCUCAAGGCUGUCUGGGAGACAGGGAGGGACCUGACAGGUUCAAGACAAAAAGACUCUCGUGCUUAUAUAGCCUUGACUUCCCCCACCAACUCUUCUGCCUCUCGGCUAUAUAGUUGUCCGUCAGGAGUCAAGGUUGGCCGUGAUGGAUUUCAAUAGCUCUUCUCCCUACCCUGAGGGGGUUAUCUCCUUCCUCGAUACGGAUCUGUACAAGUUGACGAUGCAAUGCGCCGUUCUGAAGUACUACAAGGACGUGCCUGUCACUUACUCCUUCACCAACAGAACCCCGGAGAAGAAGCUCUCUCGCAAAGCCUUUGUCUGGUUGGAUGAGCAGAUCAGAAAACUCGGAAACAUCUCAUUAUCAACGGAGGAGCUUCGAUAUCUGAAGACCCACUGCCCAUACCUGACACCCGCCUACCUGGAGUUUCUUCAGGAAUUUCGCCUGCGCCCAAGGGACCAAGUUGGCGUGACCUUCCAUCCUGCAGGAGAGGACACAGGGUCAGAAUCUGAUAUCGGCGAUGUCAAUAUCGAUAUCAGGGGGACGUGGUCGGAGACGAUUCUCUACGAGAUCCCCAUCCUGGCGCUGGCAUCCGAGGCCUACUUCAAGCACAUGGACACGGACUGGGACUACGAGGUACAGGAGGCCCAGGCAUUUGAGAAGGGAAUGCGCCUGCUCGAAGCUGGCUGCGUAUUCUCGGAAUUUGGAACUCGGCGGCGUCGAGACUACCACACCCAGGCGCUCGUGUUCAGGGGGCUCACCAGGGCCAGCAAGGAGGCCGAGAAACGCGGCCUUCCGGGCAAGCUCUCCGGAACCAGCAAUGUCCAUCUCGCCAUGCGAUUUGGGAUACCACCAGUCGGAACGGUCGCACACGAAUGGUUUAUGGGCAUCGCUGCCAUCAUGGGAGACUACAAGAUCGCGUCUGAGGAGGCGCUGCGCCGCUGGGUGGGCUGCUUUGGAGAGGGCGUACUCGGGAUCGCGCUGACGGAUACAUUCGGCACUCCCGAGUUUCUCAAGGCCUUCAGUCUGCCGAUUCGAUACUCCAACGACGACCUGCCAAAGUCUAACCGCAAGCCGAGCAUUGCUGACUCGUUCACCUCGGCGGCUGAUGGGACGGCAGGGGGCCAACCGUCGACAACCAAAACAUAUGCCCAAGUCUUCACCGGGGUCCGCCAAGAUUCGGGCAACCCCACCGGGUUUGUGAAGGUGAUGCGCCGUUUCUACGAUGAGCAGGGAGUCAAGGGCCGGAAGGUAAUCGUCUUUUCAGACUCGCUCAACAUCGAGCGUUGCCUAGAAUACAAGAAGGUCUCGGAAGAGGCUGGCUUCCAGCCCACGUUCGGUGUCGGAACCUAUCUCACCAACGAUUUCGUUCACAAGAGCACUGGCAAGAAGUCGGUGCCGCUCAAUAUCGUCAUCAAGCUGAGUUCAGCGGCGGGGAGACCUGCCAUCAAGAUCAGUGACAACAUCGGAAAGAACACGGGAGAUAAAGAAACCGUAGAGAAGGUCAAGCGCGAGCUUGGAUAUGUCGAGAAGGAGUGGGAAGGAGGUGACGAGACGGCGAGAUGGGGGAAAGAAGGCGACGCGAUCCAGUCUUGAUGUCGCCUUGUCUCGAAAUGGUUUGGUAAAAUAGAGGGAGCAUUUGCAUGGCUGUCAAGUGUACUGGGGAACAUAUUCUUCUGCCCACUUUGGUAUACCAUACGCUUUGUAUUGGUAGACGUUAAUGGGAAAUCUCAUUCCCUCAGGGCGA